UUUUAAUUUCACAAAUAUGGACUGUUAAAGAUUGUUAAAGAAAAAUUAUUAUUAAAUUAAAAAGAAUUUUAUUCGAAAAGCAUAAAAAAAAUUAAAUUAUAUUCAAUAUGUUUACAAAUUGGUUAACAAGUCCUACAACAACUACAUCAACAUCUGUUAGUCAAAGUGGAAAUCCUUCUUCAACUUCAUUUGUUGGUCAAUUACCAACAAAUUUAAUGACAACACCACCUGAUAUUAUACUUGAAGUUGGACCACCACCUAGUGUUCGUUUUGUAGCACAUAGUUCACUUUUAGCAAUGCAUAGCGGAUAUUUACGUUCUGCUAUACGUUUAGAUGAAAAUAAUGGAAAUUUACAUAAUACAAUUGGUGGUCCUGUUGAAUUACCACCAAUUUAUUUAACAAAUGUUACACCAGAACAAUUUGGUCCACUAUUAACAUAUAUGUAUACAGGAUAUUUAGAUUUAACAAUUGAAAAUAUUUUUGGUGUUUUAUUAGCAACUCAUGUUCUUCAUAUGCCAAGAGCAUUAGAAAUUUGCAGGGCAUUUUUAGCACGUUCACAAGCUGAAGGAUUUUUAAAUGGAAACUAUCUUAAUCAAUUAAAUAAUAAUAAUUGUGAAUUAAAUACAACAAAAAAUACAAAAAUUAUACGACCAAUACCAAGUAAACCAAUAAUAUCAAGUUUAGGAUUUAUAGUACCUCCAAUGCAACAUAUCUCUUUACCAAGUACAGAUACACCAUUCCGAAGUUUAAGUUCACAUAAUUUAGAAAAUUUAACAAAAAUAACAAAUAAAAUUUCAACUUCAACAAAAAUUAAUCAAAAAUUAGAAGAAUCAAAUUCAAGUAAUCCAUCACCAACAUGUGAAAAUUCAAAUCCAUUAGAAUUAAAAACAAAAACAACAUUUAAUCAAAAUCAAAAGGAUAAUAAUUCAAAUAAUCAAAAUAAUAAUGCAAAACAAACAAUUUUACAAUCAACAACACCAACUAUAAUUAAAAAAUCACCAAAAUUAAAACGUUCUAGAUCAAAAAGUUCUACAGUAACAGCAGCAGCAAUAGCAGGAACAACAACAACAAUAUCAAAUCCAACAACAGCAAUAACAGAUACAUCAAAUUCAAUAAAACAUUCAAAUAUAUUUAAUCAAAAUCAAAAUUUAAAUUCUAAUAAUCAAGAUAAUGAAAAUAAAGUUAUUAUUGAUGUUGCUAGUUGUGAUGGACCAGUAAGAUUUCGUAGAGUAUUAAAUGAUGCAUACGGAAGACAACCAGAUAGUGUUCAUAUACCACCACCACAACAUGAACGUAGUCAUGAAAGUGUAUCAUAUUCAUUUCAUCAACAAAUGGCAAAAAAUAUAAGUCAACAGAGACAGAAACAACAACAACAACAACAGCAGCAACAACAACAACAAUCUGAAGAAUCUGAAAAUAGUGAAGAUGUAAAAAAUAAUCCUUUAUCAAAUCAACAUGGAUCAACAACAAAUAGUAAUAAUAAUAAUUCUACAAAUAGUGGUGGUGGUGGUGGUGGUACUGGUAGUAAUGGAGAAACUUUUAAUUGUGUUUAUUGUAAACAUACAUUUAAAUCACAAUAUUGUUAUCAAAAACAUGCAAAACGACAUUUAAAUCCACUUUCAUUAGAACAAGGUGAAGGUAUUAUAUUAGCACCAUCAGCAACUAGUUUUCGUGAUUUAUUUAAAGAAACCACAACAACUACAAAUAUCAAUUCUACAAAAUCAUCAAUAACAUCAAUUGCAUCUAGUGGAAUAAAUAAUAAUAAUCAUAAUUUAAAUCAGCAUCAGCAUCAUCAUCAUCAUAAUCAUUCACAUCAACAUCAUCAUCAAAAUCAUAAUAAAAGAGAUACAACAAAUAAUAUGAAUGAUAUUCAAAAUUCUGAUACUGAAACAAAUAAUAAUCCUACAAUUGGACACACAAAUAAUAAUAAUAAAAGAGAAGUUCGACCAUUAGAUAUGAAUGUUCAAUAUUAUCCUUGUAAAACAUGUGGUAGUAAAUUUCCAAGUUAUUAUUUUGUUCAUAAACAUAGAAAGAUGUGUCAUUCAAAUGAAGAGAAUUAAAAAAUGCAAAUA